AUGCUUUCUUUACAGUUCUUGUUAAAGAUUUUGACAUUACCUUACCCUAUUAUCAGAGCUGUCCUACAAUAUUAUACAACUGGUACAAUUUAUUCAAAAACGAAUAAAGAAUUUAAAAAUUCAUUAUGGAAAAAUAUUUUAUUAUCAAUUGAAUAUCAUGUUUCUGGAAAUUAUCAAAAAAAAGAUAUGAGAACAAUAGUUUAUCAACCUAUAAAUAAAGUUAUUUCAAAAUUUAAAAAACAUCCAUUAGCUUCUCAAUUAAAUUCAUUUGGUGAAAAAUUUGAUCAAUAUAGUUAUUGGAUAAAUAAAUGUGAUAAACCAAAAAAUAAACAAAAUGUAUUGAUAUAUAUUCAUGGUGGAGGAUAUUUAUUAAAUUUAUUUGAAUCUCAAUUUGUAUUUAUUUCAGCUUUACAUUAUUCAUUAAAUGAUAAAGCCGCGGAAAAUACUUCAAUUUUAGUUAUUGAUUAUUCUUUAACUAUGUUUAAUAAUGAAUAUCCAACUCAAUUAAUUGAAUGUUUAACUACUUAUUCAAAUUUAAUAAAAGAUGGUUAUAAGAAUAUUAUUUUAUUAGGAGAUUCUGCUGGAGCUCAUAUGUCAUUAUCAAUAGCGAGAGCUAUUGCUUAUCCAGAAGAAGUUUUAAAACAAUUUGAAUAUGCUAAAAGAACAGUUAAUUUUGAUAUUUCAACUUUACCUCAACCAAAAGCUUUAAUUUUAGAUGCACCAUGGCCUGAACCAUGCACUAAACGUUCAGUAGCUUCAAAAAGAGGUAUUAAUUGUUAUGGAGAUUUAGGAUCAAUGGAAACAAAUAUGGGUGAUUACUAUGCUGGUAAAAAUGAUAAAAAUUUUAUAAAUAAUUUUUUAACUUUUACAAAUACAAAUUGGGAAGAUCAUUGGAAAGAUGUCAACCCAAUAAAUAAUGGAAAUACUUUAAUUAUAGUUGGAGAAAGAGAAGUUUUAAGAGAUGGUGUUGAAGAAUUUUAUAAUAUUAUUAAUAAAAAGGGAAGUAUUGAUUAUCAUGUUGAACCUGGUGGAAUUCAUGCUGGUGUUGUUUAUGUUGAAAGUUUAGAUUAUGUUUCUAAAAAAGGUGCAAAAAAAGCAUUGAAGGGAGAUUUUAAAGAUAAAUUUGGUUAUAAUUUGAUUUCAAAAUUUAUAAAUGAUCGUAUAGAUAAUUAG